AUGCCGUCAAGGCUAAGCACGCCCGUCUUGACCGUCGACCCAGCAAAGAUUCACCAGGUCGACACCCGCAACCCAGAGUCUCUCCAUGGAAUGUGGAUGGUCUUUUCACGCUGCGCAGACUUCAUGGAAGAAGGCAGGCGUCUUGAAAAUCUUAGCUGGCGACUCUGGAACCGCGAGACCUUCUGCGUUGCGCCCCAGGCUCACCUCGAGCAGAGCCAGAAACGAACACAUUCCGGCUCCCGUCUCGAGCGUCUAAGACGAGAAUCAAAAUCCAUUCCUGACUUGUCCAGCAGUGUUGAGUCCGCCCUAUCCGACGAGGGACUGGAGCAGACACGGUCACAAUCCGCCGCAGGAUCACAGGGAAGCUCAGGAUCGAGCCCACAGUGUCCCUGCACCCCACGAACGAUUGAACUGGACCCCAAACCAACCAUUGUCGGUGAAGAUUCAGUACUCAGCAUAUCACGAGGAAGGGAGAGGCAUAUUACCUCUCUUGGACUGGAGAAGAUGGUGUAUAGUAUCAAGGAGAAGAGGAGUUUGGAGCCAAUUUGCGUGCCAAAGAGCAAGUCACAGUUACAGAUAGAGAGCCACGAGCUAGAUGUCACCCCACGCGCUUCUUCGCCUACCCCAGCUUCGACACAGCAGCAACAGCAGCCGGAGGAGCAGGAACAGCCACAGAAACAGCUUCAACACUCCGCCCCAGCAAACAACCGGUCUCUUGACUCGUGCUCUACAGUUCUAGAGCGAGCUCAAGAGAGUGAUGUCCCUACAUCCGCCUCAGACACCAGCGUCUCAUCUGCCGAAAUCCCUCGACCCUCAUCCUCCGUCGUCCGCGGCUUCUCACCUUCCAAGAUCUCCUCCUCAUUCCGAUCCCACAGCCAACUCUCCCCUUCCCCAAGCACGAGCAAGAACUCAGUCCCCAAGAACUCUCCUCUCAAGCAUCAGAAAGGCGGUGUCUUCACUCUUGGCUGUUCCUCAGGCGACGACGAGUCUUCCUUUGAGGACCGAAUGGCUAUCAAGACCCACCGAAGUUCGCUUAGUGAUGGUCUAAAUCAGCCAUCUGCUCAACACAGCAAGCCUUCCUUCAUCAGAGACUCAGCCGUUGCAAGCCAUCCAACGAUUCGCGAAACUAGCGCGUCAGACGAAGACGCCAUUGCCUCCAGUGACGAGGAAGAUGAAUCCGAGAUCUCCGAAAGCGCCAUCGAGGACGAAGACGACUUGUCCGACGGCGAAUGGGUCGACUCCGUUACCGAAUCCGGCCGAUCAAGCGUUGACGACAAGCCACUCUUCCAGCGCGUCGACUCGCGACCAAAUCUCGUUUCGCGCCGUUCGCUACUCACGAUGAUGAUGCACCAACCCCAACAGAACUUCGCUCCCACAUUACGAGGGGGCCCUGGUCCCAACUCCCGCUCUACGCCAACAAUGCAACGUCCUCUGGCCCCUGCCGUGGAUGACGAUGACGAGCAUACCGGAUCCGACUCGGGCUCAGCAGGUUCUCCGGGCCUAGAGAUGAAACGCUCCGAAGUACCGCACUCGCGACCCAUUGUGAUGACAUCCAUUCCACCCGGCGGAGUGGUUGCUCGUGCUCACUCCCCACGAACCACGCGCCGAAACAUGCUUGCAACCGAACUCACCGAGUCUCUACGCAGACAUCUUCUCUGGGAACGUCAGCAGAAGACCACUGCUGCGACUGCUACCGCGGCAUUCAAGCGUCGCCAUACGGCAUGUGACGUGGCGGGACUACAGGAAUAUCCCGGCGCCGGAGACUCUAAGGGCCAAGGAAAGGAAGAUAAGGAGUCGAAGAAUAGCUCGUGGAAUCACUACUUCGACUACGGCCCAUGGGAGUAUCACGUUAAGGGAUGGUAG